UUUAAAAAUUCUUAUUUUUUUGCGACAGCCGAAGCCGAAGCUCAAGCUUACUCAGCUGGAGCUGGUGCUGAAGCAGCUGACGCUGGUAGUGGCAGCAGCGAAGAAACACAACAAAACACUGUAGAAGAAGCAGUAGAUGCACCCGAUGCUGAUGAACCGUUAUUGGAGGAAAUGCAAACCAGUACAACUGAAACUGGUUCAACACCGAAAAUUAUUAUCGCUUGGAUACUUUCAUCUACCCAGAAAUGUAUACAGUGUGAAAAUGAAAAAACCUGUGGUUUUCGAUAUAAGAACCCUGAAAGUGGAAAUUUAGAAUAUUUGUGCGAGCAAACGUGCUGUGAUGCUCUGUUGUCCGCUAAUCCUGGCAAGUAUUUCAUUCGCCGAAAAAAAUUCCUUAUUGAGGAACUAAGUAAUGAACCAAAAGAUAAAGAUGUAGCAGAAAAGGGCAAUGAUGGUAGUGUUCCAGGUGACACGGGUAAAUCUACAGAGGCAGAAAAAGAAGCAAACAUGUAUUCAUGCUUGCAAUGUAAGGAAGUGAAAGUAUGUAAAUACUUCUUUCGCCAGGAUGAUGAGCAACUUUACAUUUGUAGCGAUAUAUGCUAUAACCUACUAAAUUUGGAAGAACCUGACAAAUUUAAAUUAAAACGCCAUUCAAUACGUGUGCGAAAUAUUGGCGCAACUUUGACAACGCCUGUGGCGCCUUCACCAGGAGCUUUAACGACGGCCGUCACAAGUGCAAGCACAGCAGCUAAGACGAAAAGCACCCGGGAUACGGGUGUUGUAGCUCGCACCACCGCAGAGGCAGAGGCUGCACGUAUAGAGCGAAAUGCCAGUUUUUUGCGCCGAUGUGCAGAGUGUUUCAAUGAGGUGACGUUAGGUGACAAAAAUCUGCUCUGGGAAACAAUGGAUUUCUGUAAUGAGAUCUGUCUUGGCAAAUACCAACGUACAAUCGGAGCGAAUUGUCAAACGUGCCAUGGUGAAGUGCCACAUCCUGCGCUCGGAAAGUAUUGUGUGCGCUUCGGUUUCGACAUUCGACAAUUUUGCUGUGCUGCAUGCCUCAAUGAAUUCAAAAAGGGCCUAAAGACCUGUUCGUGUUGCCAGAAAGACAUUUCAUCGGGUAGCGAAGGAUUUCUCGCGCCUGUCGGUGAUAAAGAACAAUUCAAAGAUUUCUGUUCACAGGCCUGCAUGCGCCGAUACGAUAGCAUGUGUAAUCCAAAGAAGAAACUUCGCAAUGAUACUUGUGCAGUGUGUAACAAUGAUAAACCGGUGCGUGUCGAAAUCAUGCUGGAUGGCAAAGAACAUAAUUUUUGCUCAAAUCCUUGCUUUUCUGCUUUUAAAUUCGUAAGCAAUAUAGUCGCUGAUCAGUGCGCUAUGUGCUCUAAGUAUUUCGAACGCAAAGGCACCGAUUCGUUUACCAUUUAUACAGAAAGGCGGACUAAAGUAUUUUGUACACGAAUUUGCCUUAAUGUGUACAUAAUUGUGAAUCGUCGUAUAGUCUCAUGUCAAUGGUGCAAAGUAAAGAAAUAUAAUUUCGAUAUGAUCUAUAAACAACAAGACUCACAAGAAAUACUUAUGUGUUCCCUUAAUUGUCUAACGUUAUAUGGUGUGUCUAUUAAUGCGUUCUCCCGCACCGUUGCGAAUUGCGACAAUUGUAAUACUUCUGCCACACCGCAAUACCAUCUCACCAUGUCGGAUGCUUCAAUGCGUAAUUUUUGCACAUAUCAAUGUGUUAUGCAGUUUCAGAGUCAAUUUGCACGUGCACCGCUUACUUUGGAAAAUGAUUCACCAGCUACACAGCAAGCAGCUGCGGUGGGUCAACCCGCACCUAAUAAAAGCAAUGUACCAUUUCCCACAGGAUUGCCCAAAAGGGUCAAACUAAAGAUUCCACAGCAGUCAAAGCAGCCAAUACAGGUAAAUACAAAAAAUAUAUAAAAAAAAUAAAGUUUUUAGUUAAUAUUGCAAUGGAGCAUAGGGAAAGUUGAUUUGUUUGUUUGAUUUAAUUUAGUAAAGGGUAAAAUAUUCAACAAAAACUU